AAAUGCCGCAAGUCGGUCGUAUUUUGUGAAGUGGCUGGCAAUGGUGAAGUGGUUCACAAGGGUGAUGUUCCACGAUCGUAGCACAUGGGUGUGUUUGCGUACAGACAACGGUCCAUAGGAAAAAGCUUACUCGAGAAAAGCAUUUCGUCAAUGGGACGAUGUUGUUGAGAAGAGAAAUUAUAUAAAGGCAAGCCUUCGUCGACAAAUAAUCUCUAUCAAUCACAACAACUUCACUCACACACAUUCUACAACAACUCAACAGCACUUCAUUCACCUCAAACACCUCUCACAACAACUUACCAAACCUUCUCAAACUUCUCACUCUUCGAGACCUCAAAACCAUCAAAAUGCAUUUCUCCAUGAUUGCUUCUAUCCCCCUCCUCUUCCUCUCUGCUCUUACUUCCGCCGCUCCAACCGCCGCUCCAGCAGCCAUGGAGGCCAGCACCUCAACCUCGACUCAAAUCUACUACCUCGUCAACUGCUUCAACAACAAGACCUUCGCCGCCUAUGCUGAGGCUGACUACUACCCAGAGAAGUCUUUGUCUCUCACCGGUCAAAAGCCUGCCAAGACAGCUAUCUUCAACCCUUCCGCUUCUAUUGACUUUGAGGAUGGAACCUGGACUGUCACCACCCCAUUCAAGUUAACUGCUGUCAUCGGCGAAGAUUCUUACACUGCCAAGGCAGGUACCGUUGUUGGUUCUGCUACCGUCAGCACUUCCAGCUCAAGCUUGUCUUGUGUUCGUCUUACAAGAUUCGUCUUGUAUCAGCCAAGUGCCGAAGAGCAAUGCUACACUGACUAUGCUUGCCAAGUAAGCCUCACCAUUCUCACUAACGAGUAAUCAAGAAAGAAGCUGACAUUGAUAAAAUAGGCUUAGAAAACUCUCUCUACAGCUUGAGUUCUUCGAUCAAUUAAUGCACUGAACGGAGGAUGAUGUUUAUACAUUUUCGGAUUUGAUUUGGAUGAUAGCAACUGCGAGAUGAUGAUUAGUAAUGGAUGACGAUUGCCGGAAAAAUUUGCAAAGGAAUUGGACGGAUGAUGACUUAAUAGGCUGAUGAUAAUGAAUACGAUUGGGCACACUCCUUUGGAUUUGGGUAAAGGUGUAAAAUUAUAGAAAAAUACAAUAGACAAUAGACAAUGUUCCUUCUGCUU